AUGGGAGGAAUGCCUACUACUGCUAAGUUGAAUAAAGGUUCUGUACAACUACAACGUGAAGUAGAAUUGAAUGCAGAUGCAGUUGCAGAAGUUAUGGAUACUUGUGAGACCGUCAGUGUAAUUGAUCAGCGUGUAGCCCACCUAUCAUCAGAUGAUAGUGCUAAACCCGAACUAGUAAUGAAAGACAGCAGUGGUGGUAAACUUGCAGUUAGACAAUUGUCUGAAAGCCGAACAACAACAGCUUCUGAUCCACCGCUAAGUUCAUCAACUGGUAUCAAUCAGUUGUCGCUGGUGCUGUCAUCCACAAUGAAACAGACACCCAUGAACUCAAGUAUCUUGUGCAAUCACUAUGAUAGUAUUGGUGCGUUUGAAAAGACGAAAGAUAUUGGUCAGUUUAGUGAGGAUAAGCCAAGUAUAAACGAGAGAGUAAUUGUUAAAUUGACUUACAUGAAUAAAGGCAUUUCUAGUUUCAAGUAA